AUGGUGUUCCUACCUGCCCAAUCCGCCGGCGUAUUGCCGCCUAUCCCAGACAACAUCCCAAUCAGCGAGUUCAUGCUCAAUGAGAAGUACGGUCGAGUGGCACACGCCGACUCCCGGGAUCCAUACACAUGCGGUUUCACCGGUAAAUCAUACUCAUCGCGCGAGGUAGUGAGCCGCGUCGACCACAUUGCGCGCGGUCUCUCGAAAGAGUUCGGCUGGGCUCCGAACCAAGGCUCCGAAUGGGACAAGACCCUGGCGGUCUUCACUUUGAAUACUAUUGACUCUCUGCCCUUGUUCUGGGCUGUCCACAGACUUGGCGGUGUCUUGUCGCCUGCUAAUGCAUCAUACUCCGCUGACGAAUUGACACACCAACUGCGUGAUUCCAAAGCAAAGGCUUUGGUCACUUGUCUCCCACUCCUGUCUAUCUCAUUGGAGGCCGCUGCCAAGGCUGGUCUUCCCAAGAGCAGAAUCUACCUGCUCGACGUUCCCGAGCAGAUCCUCGGGGGCGCUAAGGCCCCGGCUGAAUUUAAGACUGUCGACCAGCUCCACGAUGCGGGUAAGUCUCUGCCCGCACUGGAGGAGCUGCGAUGGAGCGCGGGCGAGGGAGCCCGUCGCACAGCAUUUUUGUGCUACUCCAGUGGGACGUCGGGUCUGCCUAAAGGAGUCAUGAUCUCUCACCGUAACGUCAUUGCCAACACUCUCCAGAUCAAGACACACGAAGACAGCUACCGCACAAACUCUGGAACGAGACCCCCUAGCAAAGAGGUCUCCUUGGGUCUUCUUCCCCAGAGCCACAUCUAUGCUCUGGUGGUCAUUUGCCAUUCCGGCGCAUACCGCGGUGAUCAGACCAUCGUUCUUCCCAAGUUCGAAUUGCAAUCCUACCUCAAAGCCAUCGCACACUUCAAGAUCAGCUGUCUUUUCUUGGUGCCCCCAAUUAUCAUCCACAUGCUGAGCAGCCACAAAGUAUGCUCUCAAUUUGAUCUCAGCUCUGUGAAGACAUUGUUCACAGGAGCCGCACCCCUCGGUGUGGAGACCGCCAACGACUUCUUGAAGCUCUACCCCAACGUUGGCAUCCGACAGGGAUACGGCCUCACAGAAACAUGCACAGUCGUAAGCUCAACACACCCCAACGACAUCUUCCUCGGGUCCUCCGGUGCCCUCGUACCCGGCUUCGAAGCCCGAAUCAUGACACCCGAGAACGAAGAAAUCACCAAGUACGACACACCGGGUGAACUGGUCGUCCGCGGUCCCAGUGUUGUCCUGGGCUACCUGAACAACGACAAAGCAACCAAGGAGACCUUCGAAGACGGGUGGAUGCGCACGGGUGACGAGGCUGUGAUCCGCUUGAGCCCGAAGGGCAUCGAGCACGUUUUCAUCGUUGACCGGAUAAAGGAGCUGAUCAAGGUCAAGGGUCUACAAGUCGCACCAGCCGAGCUGGAAGCUCACCUCUUAGCACACCCCACUGUCUCAGAUGUCGCUGUCAUCGCUAUUCCCGAUGAUCGCGCCGGAGAACUCCCCAAGGCCAUUGUUGUGAAGGCUCCUGGUGCAGGAUCAGACGAUGAAGUAUCGAAGAUUCUCACUAAGCAUGUUGAGGACCACAAGGCUCGCCACAAGUGGUUGAAGGGUGGCAUCAGAUUUGUAGAUGCCAUUCCCAAGAGCCCUAGUGGAAAGAUUCUUCGUCGUCUGAUUCGGGACCAGGAGAAGGAGGCGCGCAGGAAGGCUGGCGCCAAGCUCUAA